AUGAAACCUAGCAGUAUAGGCACCAAUUUGCAGCCUGCCACGAUUCGACUACCAUGGUUAGGUAGUUUCGGACGUGAACUCAGCGACGCGGAUGAUCGAGCCAGCUGGAUCUUCAGGCCUCUAAACUCGAACAAUUUGACGGAGCUACGUCGAGAAAAGGAACAUCCGGUUACCGGAGCAAAGGAAGCGGACUGGAGAGCGGAGGCGCGCGGGACAGUUAAGGUUUCCAAUAUACCAGCCAUGGACAAAAAAUCAAAAUUUCUCGGGCAGAGAGAUUUCGCGUAUGGAUACUUGGGAGUGUGA